UGACAUCCUUUAAUUUCAGCUCAGCAGCCUUGGGGUGAACACUGAGAGAAAGAGGAGGACCAUCCCGCUUCUACAUCCAGCUCGGGAGAAGGAGAUCCAGUUCGGGAUUCUUUUUAACCUCUUUUGGCAAAAAAAAAAAAACCCUCACCCAUCCCAGAUCUGGAUUUUUAAAUCUUUAUAAAAAAAAACCACACAACUCCUCGAGGUUUUCCUUUUUUUUUGUUCUCAACACUCACAGGAGAGGAAGAAACAUGGGAGCCCAGUUCGCCAAGAGUGGAGUAGUUGUCGAGGCGGAUCCUGCAGCUGCCAAAGCCAACGGCCAGGAGAACGGUCACGUCAAAACCAACGGCGACGUGUCGGCCAAGCCCGACGGGGAAGUGGCCGCUGCUGAUGGAAACGGGACAGCCGAACCGGCCAAGGAGGGAGAGGCCAGCACGGGAGACGCCAUCGAGCCCGCGCCUGCAGCCGAAGGCGAGGCCGCCAAAGCAGAGGGGGAGGCCGCCAAAGCGGAGGGCAAGAAGAAGAAGAAGUUCUCGCUGAAGAACUCGUUCAAGUUUAAGGGCAUCUCGUUGAAGAAGAGCAAGAAGGGCAGCGAGGAGGCCAAGGAGGAGGCCACGUCCCCGACGACCGAGGACAAGCCCGAGGAGAACGGCCAUGCGGCCAAGGAGACCAAAGAGGAGACACCGGCUGCAGAGGAGGCCAAAGAGGGCGAGGCUGCUGCCGCCACUGACGCCGCCGCCGCACCUGCCGCCACACCUGAGGGAGAGACCAAGGCAGCAGAGGAGGCCCCAGCCACAGAGGCCGCUCCCGCCGAGGAGGCCCCCGCCGCUGCCCCCGCCGAGGCCACAACACCUGCAGCUUCUGAGGGCGAGGCCAAGGCAGAGUGAACUGCGCCCCGCCCCCAAACGCCUGAACUGAUUUUCCAAGAUUAAAGUAUAUAAAUAUAUAUAUGAGAGACUCGUGCCACAUUCUUAAAGUUAUAAACAAAAGCUACAAAAGAAGACAAAGGAUAUAUCACAUCUGCUGAUUCAAACCACCAGUUCACUGCCUUUAUUUGUUCUUCGACAGACGGAAUCUCACCGGGCCCUCUCAUGAUGAUAAGUGUCGGCUUGUUUCGCCCCCUCAUGGUACACACAGGGACUGGCGUGUGGCGAAGGUUAACGGUUUGGAUGUGGAGCGAAUCAGGAAUACUGACUUAUUUUCCCAAUUCAUGGAGAAGCUUCCUUUUUAACAGUGUGGCAGCCCUAUAACAUUUUAUUUUUCUUUCUCAUCUUCUUUUGGGAUCUAAAAAUUGUCACCGUCGGCGACGUGGGGGUAGAACAUCUCCUUCACUCAACAUGACUGUUAUACGGACAUCAAAUGAUCUCGUUUGAUUUUUUAGAAUUCUACAUUCCUAUGUUUUACCCCCAAAUUUCAGAUAUUUUGUCAUGUAUAGAAAAGCGAAAAUCGAGGAGGGGAGGUGGAAGAAGAGCUAUGUCUUUGUUUGUGCAUUCUGGUUUUUUAUUUUUCUGGCUAAAACCACAUUCAAGCUUCUUGAAUAUUGCAGUGUUCACAACAGAGUUUAUGAUGCAGGAGUCGGGAGUUGUGUACAAAAUGUGAACCUUUUAUCUGCAAAGUGUCUCUGUAAAUAUGUUUUGGCCAAUAUCUUUGGUUCUCUUUUAUUUUGCUAUUGUUUGAAGACGUUCAUGGUUUUAUUGUAACUUUUAAUAAGGGUAAAUAAAUGUUUGAUCCCCUC